UUCCCAAUUCCCAUUUCCCUCUCACUCUCAAUUCCCUCUCUUGCAGUCUUGCUCUCACUCCUCUCAACUCUCUUUCACUCUAACCUUAAAAACUCUACACAACUCUUCCUCCACCUCCAUCCACUGUUGCUGUUGCAUUCCCGCACCACGCCACCGCCGACUGCUCCUCCAUCACAGACGAACACUGCUGCUGCCCAGUGGGUUGUUCGAAACUUCGAAUCGAACACUGCUGCUGCUCCUAAAAAUCGAAAUUUUUGAUUUUGUUUAUGGGUUUUCUCUUGAGAUUAUUGGACUGAUUGAAGAAACUGGAGCUGGUGUUUUCAAGAUUACAAAACAAAGGAAUUUCCAUGGAACGAAAAACAGCAGAGACACUGGACUUGUUUCUCUGCGGUAAGUCAUCCCCAGAAAAAGAAAUCGCUACUUUACUCCACAAUAAACAAUGUCUUAAACUUUCCGACGCUUCUCAACUAAUAAUUCGUCUUCAGUCUCAACUCCCUAGAAGAGCCAUAUCUUUUAAUGUCAAUUCCUUUUUCAAUUCGCUUUCCACUUCUCGUUUUGCCCGGUUCCUCAUGUGGUCUCCUUGCUUGCCAUCCACCCACGACGUUGUUUCUCAGAAUUUCUCGGACCUUCCUAUUGGAACUGUUUGUGUUGCUGAUGUUCAAUUUAAAGGCAGAGGAAGGUCUGCGAAUGUUUGGGAAUCCCCACCAGGUUGUCUUAUGUUUUCAUUUAAUAUUCAGAUGGAGGAUGGACGCGUAGUGCCUUUAGUACAAUAUGUUGCUUCACUUGCUAUUACUGAGGCGCUUAAGGAUCUCUGCUAUGAUAGCGGCUUCCCACAGCUGGGGGUUAAAAUUAAAUGGCCAAAUGACCUUUUCUUAAAUGGUUUGAAAGUUGGUGGAAUAUUGUCCACCUCAACGUACAAAUCAAAUAAAUUCAACAUAAGUGUAGGGAUUGGCUUAAAUGUUGAUAAUAAAGAACCAACGACUUGCUUGAAUUCAAGGUUGCAACAAAUAUCCUCAAGAGUUUGUCGAUUACGCAAAGAAGACAUUUUGGCUUCUUUCUUUGGAAAAUUUGAGAGUUUCUUUGAGCGUUUUAUAAGCCAAGGUUUCCAACCUUUUGAGGAGCUCUACUACAAGACUUGGUUACACAGUGGACAAAGAGUUGUCAUACAGGAUACAUCAGAAGGACAACCUGUGGAUAAUGUUGUGACCAUUCAGGGAUUGACGACAUCUGGAUAUUUACUGGCAGUUGGAGAUGAUGGUCAAAUGUGUGAGCUUCACCCAGAUGGCAAUAGUCUUGACUUCUUCAAAGGACUUGUCAGACACAAAUUGAGAUGAAGAGUGUGCUCCCAUUUUCUUUCAUGUGCUAUCUAUUUAUGAGGUUGUUCCCUCUUUUAUUUAUUUAUUUUUUUAUAAAUUAGAAUUUUUAAAUAUAAACAUACAAUCUCUAAUCCUUAUACAGUAGGAGUAUUUUCUUUCCUGGUCAAAGUAUGAUAUUAAAUUUCUUUAUGAACAUGUCAGAAUUGAUUUGAAUAAUAAAUUUCUGCAGCGUACAUAUACUGAUGUCUGAUAUAUACAUACAGAAUACAGAUACAGUCCAGAUUUGAUUCUAAUAUGGUUUAUUGAUGGCCCUAAUUUGGACUAUUUUGACCAAAUUUUGGUGUGUUCAUGGACAAAAUAAUGAAUCCAAAGGCGGAUGCUUAUGUGGGUUGGUUGGUGGUCUGUUUUGGUUGCAUUAGCUGUGCUUUGUUUGUUGGAUUUUGAGUCUGGACGAGUAAAAGACGUUGCUUUUACCACUUUUUUUUAUCUGAAUCUGACCUUAUUAGUUCCCUGUCAAACUCGCUGGCUGGCUGGCCUCACUCUAUAGGAAUUUUAAAAGCUCAUAAUUAUUACAUUUCUGAAAGUGCAAUGAAGUGGUCCAUAAAUAGUACUUGCUUUACUCUUCUGCUUUUACAUUGGUUUAUUUAUGGGACAUAAACAUUGAAAGAUACUACACAUACAUCUAUCUUUUUUAUUUAUAUCUUGCUCCAAAUCCACCAUUACUCAACCUUCUUGGGUUCCUCAUCUUUCGUGACUAGUUGCUUAUCUUCAAUCUUUUCAUCAUGCACAUUAAACUCCUAUGUAACUUUCACUCGUCAUCCUUGAACCCUGAUUCUCAAUGAAUAAUCAGGGGAGUUUUUGAGCAUGUUCGACAUGGCCCCGAAAAAUUAGGAGCCUCAAUAUUAUAUAAUAUAGUAUAUAUAAAGUGUUUAAAGAUACCAAAUUAUUAGAAUAAUAACAUAAUUUUAGAAAUUGCACAGAGCUUUUAAAGAAUUUUUCAAUUUUUGCUUCGCCCAUGUCGAUGAUUACCUCAUCUUAGAGAGUAAAGGGGAAAUGACCUAUUUUAUCCGUCUAUAAUUUAUGUUACUUAUACUCUUAUGUCCUUUAAUUAAAUUUGCUACAUAGCGUAAAUUAAAGUGAAAGCUUUUUAGAUAUUGUAUUAUAUUAUUUUAAGAUGUUUGAAGAAGAUUGUCAUGAUUUUAGUAGAGUAGUAAUGGUAAGAUUGGAUAAUUGAUGAGACAUAAUAAUACUUGGAACCUAUUAUUUAGGUUUAUGUUAUAUUACAGUAUAUAUGAGAGAUAGUGGGACAAUAUUCGAACUAAUUCAUCGUGUAUAAUAAUUGCAUGUUACGUAGUCGACGAGUUGUAAACAAAUUAGGACCCGUUAGAGUUGGGUGUUGUGGGCAUGAAGUCGUGUCCCAUAACUUAUAAAGGUGUAUGAUGCAACACUGGGUAUCAUCCCAUCUUUCUCUCUUUCUUUCUCUUGCCUCUUUUAUUGUAUAUUUUUUUUGUUUUUAUUUGAUGUACUUAUUUUUCAUUUAAGAUAGUUUUAUAUAUUGUUCUUCUACAGAAUAUUUCUACUAAUAUCAUGCUUUUAGAUAUAUUUAACCUCAGUUAUCUUAAUUAUUACAUUUAUUCAUGCUGUUGGUCCAUAUAUAUAUU